AUGCGAGCUCAUCGGUGCGAUGGGAGCAGUUCCAUUGAAAGAAGCACUCGAUCCUCGUCCGAAGAAAUUCGUUCAUUAUGCGGAUCACUAACAGAUGUCUUCUCUCGAUCCUUCUUCGAGGCAGCAGCAAAAGUCCAGACAUUUCCGAAAAGUAAGGUAGUAUUCGAGACAAACAACGAAGUCCAAGAGCUCUAUACAAUGGGUAGCAUGGCGUCCUUCGACAAGCAGUCACACAGAGGAACCACGAAUCCAUGGAGGAAAUAUGGUGCUCUGAGGAAACUCCACGAAAUUGGUGGUAUUGCUCCUCCAGGAAACACUAAGGGGGAUCGUAAGAACAAAGAUGGAUUCGUUACUAUAAAGAAGGGAUCGCGACCGCCGCCACCUCCUCGGUGCGCUGAAGUGACGCUAAAUAAGGACAAACGAAAUCCAGGCCUCCUUGGGCGGAUUCACCUUCCACGCAAUGUCCCUGCAGAGCAACUGUCGCAGGCAAUCGCUUGGGAGAUCAAGGGGAUGGUAGAAACAAAUCCAGGUGAAUUAGAGCAGAUACAAGCUAUUCAUGCCAGCCUCGUCGAAAAUGUCGAUGCGCACGAAGGAGGUUGGCAGAGCAACAGUGACGAAAGAAGGGUUGAGAAGUUUUUGCAGUAA